AUGGCUUCAAUGCUGCACUACUUCAACUUUGGCAACAAGGCCUCCACAACUAAGGGCGCGGAGGUUAAGCCAACCCCCGUCCGUGCUCUGCCGGCAUCAUGGUAUACCGCGCCGGAGAUGUAUGAGCUCGAGCGCCGUGCGAUCUUCUCGAAGAGAUGGUUGUUCAUCACCCACAGCUCGCGUCUCAAGGAGGCGGGUGACUGGCUCCGCUAUGAGGUCGCUGGAUUCGACUUCGUUAUCAACCGUGACCGACAAGGCAACAUCAAUGCGUUCCACAAUGUCUGCCGACACCGUGCGUACCCCGUCAUCGAGGAAGAGGGUUGCGGAAACAAGAAGAUCAUCGCAUGCCGCUACCACGGCUGGUCCUACGGAUUGAACGGCAAGCUGGCCAAGGCACCCGGCUACCAGGAGCUGGAUGGAUUCGACAAGGAAAAGAACGGUCUCUUCCGCAUCCACGUCAAGGUCGAUGUGAACGGCUUUAUCUGGGUGAACAUGGACUCGAAGGACGUCCCAGAAGUUUCCUGGGAGGAGCACUUUGAGGACGUCGACAAGCAGGCACGCUACCAGGAGAAUGGCAUCAACUUCGACGACUACGAAUUCGACCAUACCUAUCAAAUGGAGGGCGACUACAACUGGAAGAUUCUGGCGGAUAACUUUAACGAGUGUUACCACUGCCCCACCACCCACGCAGAUAUCCCGGCAUUCCUCAACCUGGACUCGUUCGACAGCGAUGUCAAAGAUGGACAUAUCCAGCACCAUUGCAAGUCGACCCCCGAACAGAUCGCGAAAGGUCUGAACACCGCCAGCACCUAUUACUUCCCCAAUUCAUCCAUGACUGUCACGAAACAUUGGAUGAUGGUUCAAAAAUUCCUUCCGAAGGGUCCCAACCAUUCGACCAUGGCCUAUGAAAUCUGGAGACAUAAGGACGCGGCGGAAGAGGAUUUCCGACUGAUCAAUGACAUGUAUGCGCGUGUCAUGGGAGAAGACAAGGUUCUCUGCAACAACGCACAGAAGAAUCUCAACCGGGGUGUCUUUGUCAACGGCCAGCUGCACCCGAAGUACGAGAAGGCUCCCCUCUUCUUCCAGAGCACCUGUCGCGAGGUUGUCACGGAGCACUUUGACCGGGAGAAGAAGGAGGGCCGGGAGAUUUGGCCGGCGAGACAGCAGUUGCCCGAUGACGCUAAGGUUAGCGCGAAGGACGAGGAGAUCUGCUCGGGUCUCGCCUGUGGAGCCCAGAAGGAAGUUUUGGCUUGGUGA